AUGAAGAAACUGGAACAUGACAGUUGUGUCUGUGAUCAGGACAGUGGGAGGCCGCCCUCUAGCGUUCUUUUGUUUUUCUGGGAUCGCGGCUCCAGCGGCGGGCACUUCCGGUCCCGCGGGGGCGUGCUCUCUGGGCCCCGCGGGGGCGCGCUCUCUGGACCCCAAGUUCAGCGGGACUUGGUCCUGGACUCAGUCUGGACCAUGACGAGCCUGGAGCCGGGCCACGUGCGCAGGAGCGCGAGCAGCGGCUCCGUGAGCAGCGGCGGCGGGAGUUGGGACGCGCGGAGCGGGAGUUGGUUCAGUGAGGACCUCCGGUCUCUGCCGCGGCUCCCGGAGCUCGAGGAGUACCCCUGGAGUGCGCACGAGCUGCGAGAGGUGGUGCGGCGCGCGUGCGGCUGGGAUGCGUUCACCGGAGACGCGGUGCGGCGUCUGUCCGCGCUCGUGAGGAACCCGGUGAUGCGCAUUGCGCGCGAGGCGCAGAGACUGAGCGCGGUUCACCGGCGGUGCACGCGCCUGGAGGUGCGGAGCGCGGUGCGGAUCGUCCUGAGCGCGGGUCUGUCGGAGCGGUGCGUCGCGGCGGCGGUGCGCGCGGUGUCUCUCCACUGUAUGAGCAGCGACACCGCGCGCACGCGCAGCAAGUCCUCCAGCUGCGGGCUCGUGCUCUCCGUGGGCCGCUUCUUCAGGUGGAUGGUGGACACGCGCGUGUCUGUGCGCGUGCGUGAGUACGCAGCCGUGUACCUGACCGCGUGCACGGAGGGGCUUGUGGAGGAGAUCGUGGUGCGCGCGCUGCACGCGGCCAGAGAAAACCACGAGCCCGGAGCCGUGACCUCCGCGCGCCUGGACUCCACCGUGGACCUGGACCCGGAGCUGUGGGCGCCUCUGCAGGUGCACGCGCAGCUGCUGAGCGGGAGGAACGCGCACGGUCACUGUGUGGCCCCGCCCUCCUCUCCGUCUCGGGCUCCUCAGGACUCAGCGGAGAGCAGGGAGGACGUGUACCUUCAGAUGGAGCUGCAGUCUCUGGAACAGGCACUGGGGGGCGCUACAGUCAACAGUCUCCCUGAGCUCUGUGACCUGGUGUCUCGGGCCAUGCACUUCCUGUCCCGCCCGCAGCCCGCCCCCUCUGCUCCGUCGGCCAAUCACACGCCAGUAUCCUGGACCCCGGACGCGCUGCACACUCUGUUUUAUUUUGUCUCCUCUUCUCAGCUAGAAAACACGGAAAAUCUGCAGUCUCCAAACAUGACGCUGACCAAAGAGAAGUGUCCUCCUCUCCUCCCUCCUCUCUCCUCGUGGCUGCACAUCGCUCUGGUCUUCUCGGAUCACAGGCGUAGUUCUGUGGUGGACUCUGAUGACGUGAGACAGAGCUCCAGGGUCCUGCUGCACCAGGACUGUGAGCCCAGACUCCUCAGGUGUGACUCCAGUGUGUCGUCGUCAUGGCGAUCCCUGGACGCCGCGUCUGCGUUGAGGCGUUUCAGGUCGGACCUGGGCUUCACGAUGCUCUGCUCCGGGAGAUCUGAUCUGCUCAAGGACGCCUCCGGUCUGCUCGGAGAGAGAGGAGUGGACACUGUGGAUGAACGGGGCCUGAGUGCUCUGAUGUACGCCUCUGCUGCUGGAGACGAGGCUCUGGUCCAGGUCCUGAUCCAGGCCGGAGCUCAGCUGGACCUGAAGGUCCCUGUGUGCUCCAGGACUCACCCCUCGGUCUUUCCCGGGACCAGACACUGGACGGCUCUGACUCUGGCCGUGCUCCACUCUCACGUCUCUGUGGCUCAGUUGUUGUUGGAGGCGGGGGCGGACGUGGAGGCUCAGGUGGGAACGGCUCAGGACGGAUCUGUGGAAACGCCUCUGCAGCUCGCAUCAUCUGCAGGAGACUAUGAGAUGGUGAGUCUGCUUCUCUCUUAUGGAGCUGACCCUCUGCUCCCAGUGCAUCAUGGGAGCUCUGCUCUGUCUCAGGACAUGGACUGUUUCAGCUGCGCCGCCGCUCAUGGACACAGAAACGUCGUGCGCAGACUGGUCCUCGAGCCCGCCCCCCGCAGAGACGACGUCCUGUCACUGGAGGAGAUCCUGGCCGAGGGCGUGGACCAGGGGCACCCGUGGGAGAAGGGCACCCAGGGGACCCUCCGCGUGUGUAAAGCCCGACUCAAGGCCCUGCAGCAGGCGUCGUACUACAGCGCCGAGCACGGACACCUGGACGUCACUCUGGACAUCAGAGACAUGGGUGUCCCGUGGAGCGCUCACAGUUGGCUGCAGUCUGUGCUCAGAGCUCAGGAGCAGGGCAGAGAUCGGGUCGUACUUUCUCUGCUCCAGGACUUCAGCUCCAUCCCCUCUGACAACUACAGCCCCGAGUUUAGACUGACAGGCGUCCCGGCGCUGUUCACACUCCUGCACAACACAAAGGAUUACAUGAUCCUUCAGUGUUUGGCCUGGGUCCUGUCCCUGUCGUAUGGACCGUCCCCCGUCCCUCCCGUCCCUCCUCUGGACGCGUCUCUGUCCACUCACCUCGACGUGCACUUCCUGAACAACCGGGAAAUGUCCGACGUCACGUUUAUGAUCGAGGGACGGCAGUUUUUCGCUCACAGAGUUCUGCUCAUCUCCGCCUCCGACAGGUUUGCGCAGCUCCUGAGCGAGUCUCCUGACGCCAUCAUCCACAUCGAUCACAUGACCUACAGCACUUUCCAGUUGAUGAUGAAGACUCUGUACUGUGGAGGAACAUCUGGAGUCACUCUGACUCAUGAUGAAGCUCUCAAGUUGUUGGCGGUGAGCGUGUUCUUCAGGCUGCGCUCGCUGCAGAGACUCUGUGAACUCACUCUGUCCCAGACUCUCACUGUGGACAACGCUGUGGCCCUCUACAGGAGCGCCAAGUUGAACUCGUCGUCAGAGCUGGUCUCGUUCUGUGAGGGCUUCUUCCUGCAGAACCUGCCGUGUCUCCUGGAGCGUGAGGACUUCCACCGUCUGCUGCUCGGAGGCUGCGGCCCGGACAAGACCUGCCCAGAGACGGGGCCUGGUCCCGGGGCAGAGCCGGACCGGGACCGGGGCCGAAGCUCCGGACUCCUCCUGGACCUGGAGACGGCGCUCAAAGACAGACUGGAGACGCUCUGCCCCUCGUGUCGGGACUAAACCUGAGACCAGACCUGAGUUUAUUUAUCAAAACUAUUUAAAUUAUUUUAUUUAAAUGAACUGUAAGACCAGCACUGGACUAAACCAGGACUAAA